AUGAGGUUCAAGCUACCACCAAAUACACAAGUUAAGGAUUUUGGGUACCCAGAGUCCCACCCACUACAUCUGGGGACAGGCGAAUCUCUAAGGUUUUCGUAUCAAUCUACUUCAAUUUCGGACUCGUCAGAUGAAUCUUUAGCAUCUUCAUCUUCAUCAUCAUCUUCACCAUCAUCAUCAUCAUUGAACGCAUCUUCUCAAGGUUUGCCUCUGGGCGGAGAUACGCGACGAAGGGAAGGGGACGAAACAUUUAACCAUUAUUACAAUGAAGAUGAUCUGUACCAAUUUAUAAAUGACGAAAUCAAUUGCAAAGCUCGAGCCAUAUUUGACUUUAAACCGGAAAACGAUAACGAGAUAGAGUUGGUUGAGGGACAAAUUAUUUGGAUAAGCUACCGACACGGGCAAGGCUGGCUAGUAGCCGAGGACCCAAUUACCAAAGAGCACGGUCUCGUGCCUGAAGAGUAUGUCGAAGUGUUUGAAUUUGCGGAAAAUGAAGACCGAGAUGUAGCGAAACCAUUCCUACCUGAAAUAUUUCGACGCCGAGAAGAGAUUUAUGGAACUGAAGCGGCGGGGGAAAUAGAUGAUGAUGAAUGGGUUGACACAGACGGAAGUGAUGGCGAGUUUUACUCGGAAACUGAACCAGAACCAGAACCAAAACCAAAACCAGAACCAACAACAGUAGCAACAACAACAGAAACAGAAACAGAACCAAUACAAGCAGAUGGUAUAACAAAAGAGACAAAUGAAUUGAAAAAUGUAAGCGUAGAUACAGGGAGUACAAACAAGAAGGUGUCAGAUAUAAAGGACCGACUAGCGGAUGGUAUCAAAAAUAUGCAAAUAUGA